AUGCAACAGUUUCUUUCCAUCUUGUCUUUCCUAUACUACAUCGGCUGCUACGUUGCGAACGGCGGCACAGCAGGCAGCCCUGAACUGAUCGGCGACUACAAUGGAGCACGCACCCAGCUCGACCCCAACGGCCAAAGAGAUUGCUUCUACUGGUGCAUAUUCGAUGCGCCCGAUGCGCCUUACAACUUCAUUGCUCUUGAGAAUGGUAUCAACUGCCUCUGUGCAAAUCAAACUAAUCCCAAUGUCAACGCUAUCAAGCGAGAUGACAGUGAGUGCAACGUCGUUGCUCUGGGUACGACGGAUGAAGCUGGUGGCGGUGAUAACAGGAUCACGCUCUUCCGUGUCGAGGGCUAUGAGGACCCUUCAGAGGAGCCAGGCGACUCGCCUGACACAACGACAUCGACCACUGACACGACAACGUCGACCACUGAUACAACAACGUCGACCAUUGCAACAAACUUCUGCUACGACGACAUCAAGGUCAACGACUUCAACCUCUACCACAGCAACUGGAACAGGAACAGGAACGUCGAAGACAACGACGUCAACAUCAACCUCAACCACCGGAACCGGGACGGGAACGUUGACGACCACGACCUCAACCUCAACCUCAGCCACCGGCACAGGAACAGGAACGUCGUCAACAGCCACAACGACGUCAAGGUCGACCACUUCCACUUCAACCACAGCAACGGGAAGCAGGGAGCAUCCUCUUCCCAAUACCGGUACAUUCCACAUCUUACCGGCAUCCUCACGCUCCACCACAGGCACGUCCACCACCAAGCACCUCCCAACACCGGGUCCAUCCACAUCCACCAGUACCUCGCGCUCCACCACAGGCACAUCCAGCACCAGUACAUCUACAUCUACAUCUACCUCCUCCACCGGCACCUCGCGCUCCACCACAUCCACCUCGACGACCCCAACAACAACCACCGUCCGCACAACCACCACUUCCACAACGUCGACGCGGACAUCGACAACAUCGGUAGCGCAACCAUCUGUACGUCCCUUUUCAACUUGUUCUGUGCUCAAAUGCUCUGA